CAAGCACAGAAUAUAUAACACACAUAUCAUCAGCGCCGGUUCUGGUUACAUUUGUCGACAUCGACAUUUUCUCCAAACUUACGCAUUACGUAAAUAUGAAAUGAAGCGUCGAACGUCUUCAGUGACGUCUUUUAAAGUGCUACAGCCAUCUUUAAUGCUGGCACAGACGGUUCGGUCUUUUCUGUCAGUAGAAAGUACCUUGUUCUAGCCUCACGCCUAGAAGCUCCGGUAUUGUGUCCGUUGGCAGUCGGUGUCCCUCGUUUCACCAGACAGAACCACAGAAGCACCGACACUCGCCGUGGAUAAACAUGGCCAAUGCAGAGGGAGCUAAACUGUGGGGAGGUCGCUUCGUGGGAGACACUGAUCCCAUCAUGGAGAAGUUCAACGCAUCCAUGGCUUAUGAUCAGAGGAUGUGGGAUGCUGACAUCCGAGGGAGCAAGGCUUAUGUGAAAGCUCUGGAAAAGGCCAAGCUGGUCACUACGGAUGAGAUGAACCAGAUUUUGACUGGACUGGAUCAGAUUUCUGAAGAGUGGUCCAGAGGAGUGUUUGUGAUCAAACCUGGAGAUGAAGACAUUCAUACUGCCAAUGAGCGCAGGCUAAAGGAGCUGAUUGGUGCCCCUGCAGGGAAGCUCCACACUGGCAGGAGCAGAAACGACCAGGUUGUGACUGACAUGAGGCUGUGGCUGCGAGAUGCCAUCUCAACCUUGACAGGCAAUGCACUACAGCUGAUAACCACCAUGGUGGAGCGGGCGGCAGUAGAAAUUGAUGUCCUGUUUCCUGGUUACACACACAUGCAGAGAGCCCAGCCAAUAAGAUGGAGUCACUGGAUUCUAAGUCAUGCUGUUGCGCUGAGCAGAGAUGUGGACCAACUUCAGGAGAUCAAGAAAAGAGUUAAUGUUUUACCUCUUGGCAGUGGCGCCAUUGCUGGGACCCCGUUUGACAUUGACAGGGAGCUGCUUCGGAAAGACUUGGGCUUUGAUGACAUCAGUCUAAACAGCAUGGAUGCCACUGGCCAAAGGGACUUUGUGGCUGAGUUCUUGUUCUGGGCUUCGUUGUGUUUGACUCAUCUCAGUAAGAUGGCUGAGGACCUGAUGCUGUACAGCACUAAAGAGUUCUCCUUUAUCGCACUCUCUGAUGCCUACAGGUCAGUUCUGAUGCCCCAGAAGAAGAAUGCUGACAGUCUGGAACUGAUCAGGAGUAAAGCAGGCCGUGUCUUUGGCAGGUGUGCAGGGUUCAUGAUGACACUGAAGGGCCUGCCCAGCACCUACAACAAAGACCUGCAGGAGGAUAAGGAGGCCAUGUUUGACUGCUAUGACACAGCUCACGCUGUGCUACAGGUGACAACUGGAGUCAUGUCAACUCUUAAGAUUAACCAGAGUGUGAUGGAAGCAGCCCUCAGUCCUGACAUGUUGGCCACUGACUUGGCCUACUACCUUGUGAGAAAGGGGGUGCCUUUCAGAGAGGCCCAUGGUCUCUCAGGUAAAGCUGUGUUCACAGCUGAAUCCAAAAGUAUUGCUCUGAAUGAACUUACUGUGGAAGACCUGACAGCUGUUAGUCCUCAGUUUGAAAGUGACGUGUCCUCAGUGUGGGACUACAGGAGCAGUGUGGAGCAGUAUAGCGCCCCUGGAGGCACAGCCAAGAGUAGCGUUGCUGCACAAGUGGAACACCUGAGGAACUGGCUGAAGAAACAGGCACAGUGAGAUCCACCUUUAAGUUCUGAAUCAGGUUUACUGCCACAGUUUAGAUACGUAUGAAAUUGAGGUCAAAGUGACUUUUUAUGAUUUGAAUACCACGUUGCCUUUCAGACUUCCUCCUCUUUUUUUUUUUCAAGCUUGUCAAUAUAUAAUAUGUAACCAAGGGAUGUUUCAAUCGAUCAUGUAAUGAUUGCAAGUAUUACAAAGGACCUGUAAUACAGGUAACAAAAGAAAUAAAUGUUACUCAAACAGUG